AUGCAUCCAUUCCGGCUUCAUGUGCCGAAGUCAUGCCGGUUGUGCAUAUUCAAUGUUAAAUCAGAGCAUUGUACAGUUUGUGCCGAUGCACCAACUCAUGUUGGUCGCGGCGUUGUUCUGCUAGUAGCUGCUGCCACGCUUUCAGACAAGGGCCAGCAAUUUCGGGAACACUGCGUGCUGUGGUGGCUCCAUGAGCUGUGGCUGGGAGGAAGUUUCACGACGGCACCCCUCAUCCAGCUGUCCAAGACAGUGGCUACUGGGUUGUCAGCUUCAGUGACCUACCGGCAGGGAAUCAACAACUAUCUCUGCGGCUCAUUCAGAGCAAUUCAGCGGGCUGCUGUCUGUAGGGCACUCGUGCACCACCUCGAUCUGCGGCAGAUGAGGAACCUCCAGAACAGCGCCGAGGCGAUGCCCAAGGAGAAGCAGACCCUGUUCGUUGGCCAAUUCCGGAAGACGAAGAUGUGCCGCUUCCACGAAACUGGAAGAUGCCGCUACGGAGACGAGUGUCCGUUUGCGCACGACCCAUCCGAGCUGGAGGAGCUGCCAGAUCUUCGCAAGACUUCCAUUUGCAAGAAUUGGCAGCAGGGACGCUGCUCCCACGCCUCUGAACGAUGCCCCUUUGCCCACGGCAAGGAAGAACUCCGGAAGACACCACCUUUCGGACGCAAGAGGUCUGGCCAGGGCGAGGCAUUCGCACGGAAGGACAGCUUCGAAGGCAGCGAUGCCUAUGCAUCGACAUCGGAGGGUUAUCGCAGUGGAUCUGGAUACUUCACCGACAUCGACAGGCAGUCGUCUUCAAGCUUCGAUGAAGAGCCCGCAAGUCCGGCUCGGCAGCAGCUUCUUUGGGACCCGCUGGGCCUCGUGGCCGAGGCACCAGCAAAUUGCGCGCCGAAGAACUUCGACAUUGGACACGACCUGGAUCAGAGCUGGCGGCAAGGUCUCUCUCAGCAGAUAGCUGACAGAAGCCGUGGGCCGAUGAGGACUGGAUUCGACAUGAUUGCCAUGCCAGCAAUGGCCGGUAUGCAAAGGCCUGAUGCCACGCAGGGGUACAUGAUGGAGGGCGGUGUGGUUCCUGCAAUGCCUGGGCAUUUCGUGUUGAUGCCUGCCAUGCACCUGUCACCACCUGUCAUGUGGGAGGGAACCACCCCGUACUCGCCAUCCGGAAAAGAGCUCGAGGAGAUGCUGCGGAAGGCGCAGAGUGCUCGCUUCGCCGAGUCUCAAGCAGCAAUGCACCUUCAAGCUUUCGUGAGGAAUACGGGGGCUAGGUGCGGUCGCUAUGUUGCUGUGUGGAAUGCUGUGGACAUUGCUUGCAACUGCGCAAAAGUUGGCGCGGUUGCGGCACUUCGAAAAGGCAGCAAAGCGGCACAAGACAGGCUUUCACAAGCUUUGCUGGCGAAGGAUGUGGAUUCCUCGGCUAUCGCAUUCGGCAUCGCGGCUGGCCAACUUGGCACGACGCCUGCCUGCCUGGUGUCCGAAGACAGAUGCAGAAAGUCGGAGCUGAUUGCCCGAGCCACGGCCACGGCCAUGUCUCUGGGACUGGCCAAGCGAAAUGAAUUUGCCAGGGCUGUGGCACAUCUCGCUGUUGUGGAAUCGCAGAAUUUGGUCGGCAUGGCCAGGGGCGGGCACACGCCAUCUACACGGGAUAUCGCGUUGGAGCAACAGGACUCGGAGGUGCGCCGAUGA